GUUCUGACGACAACAACAGCAGCUCCAACCACAACCACAGCAGCUCCAACCACAACCACAACUUCUCCGACCACAACAACAGAGGCACCAACUACAACAACAGCAGCUCCAACCACAACAACAGCGACACCAACCACAACAACAGUAGCUCCGACAACAACAACAGCAACUCCAACCAAAACUACAUCUGCUCUGUCCACAACAAUAGUUGCUCCAACCACAACAACAGAGGCACCAACCACAACCACAGCAGCUCCAACCACAACUACAGCUGCUCCAACCACAACCACAACUGCUCCAACCACAAAAACAGAGACACCAACCACAACUACAGCUGCUCCGACAACAACAACUGCAACUCCAACCACAACCACAGCUACUCCAACAACAACCACAGCUUCUCCAACCACAACCACAGCUGCUCCAACCACAACAACAAUUCCUUCAACCACAACAGCUGCACCAACCACAACCACAACACCAACCACAAGUACAGCGAAUCCAACCACAACCACAGCUGCUCCAACCACAACAACAGAGACACCAACCACAACUACAGUUGCUACAACCACAACAACUGUUGCUCCAACCACAACCACAGCUGCUCCAAGCACAACAGCAUCUCCAACCACAACCACAGUUACUCCAACCAGAGGCACUAACCACAACUACACAACUACAGUUGCUCCAACCACAACAACAGUUGCUCCAACCACAACCCCAGCUGCUGAAACCACAACAGCUUCUCCAACCACAACAACUGAAGCUCCAACCACAACUACACUAGCUCCAACCACAACAACAGAGACACCAACCACAACUACAGCUGCUCCGACCACAACAACAGUUGCUCCAACCACAACCACAGCUGUUCCAACAACAACAGCAUCUCCAACCACAACAACAGCUGCUCCAACCCCAACAACAGAGGCACCAACCACAACAACUGCAGAUCCAACCACAACAACGGAGGCACCAACAACAGCUGCCCCAAUCACCACCAUAACUGCUACAUCCACAUCCGCUGCGCCAACAAUAACAAGCUCUACUCCAAGCAUCCCAAUUACAGCUCGCUCAACCAUAACUACAAAUCUGCAAACCACAGCAGCUCCACCCACAACUACGAUUGCCCAAUCCACUAGAAUUAUUGCAACUGCCACUACCAAAACUUCUCCAGCUAUAUCCAUAUCAACUUCAUCCACAUCCUCAAUUUUUCCUUCAACAAUAUCAGCAUCAUCAGUAAUAACAGCUGCUACAGUUACAAGUCAAACUUCUGUUACAGAGACCACAGUGUCUCCUAACACAUUCACAGCUGCCCCAAAUAUAGCCACAAAUGCCCCGAUCAGAACCACAUAUGGUUCAACCAACACUUCUGCUACUCCAGCAGCAACUACACCUGCUCUAAUUACUUCCACAGUUCUUCCUUUAACAGCCACACCUUCCCUGACCGCUACAAUUCCAUCAAACACGACAGUUUCAUCUCCCACCACAGCUCCUUCGACACUAUCAGCUAAGCAAACCUUAAUGUCAUCUACUCAAAACCAAACCACAGCUUAUCAAACAAUUCCGGCUACUAAUGUAACUACUACAAAUGGACCUCCUGCUCCAGUUUUUUAUGUUGGAGUGGUUGUUUACGAACCAUUUGAUGAAGAUCUCAAAGUUAAUAACACCCAAAAAUUUAAGGAUCUCGCGAACAGGAUUGUAGCAGUAUAUGACAUGCUCUACAGAAAAGCUUUUGGAGCCCUCUUCGUCCGUAGUUAUGUCAUUUCAUUUAGAGUUUCUUUAACAUCCCGAAUUCGAAUGAAUGUCACAGAAGUAGAAGUUGGGGUGGAGUUUAACCAAACCACGCCACUUGUGGAACUCCCAAGGAACGAAGAAGUACAAAAAACGUUAUCAGAUGCUAUAGAUUCGUCCAAUAACAACACUAUCAUGGAUGUUCCAUUUUCACGUGGUUCUGUCCAAAUAAUAGGCACACCUUUGCCAACCACACCGCCCACUACAAAUUCUACAGAUACUACCAUCUCUCCAAACUCAACUGCAACUACUGCAGUUAAUCCAACAACCAACACCACAACUCCAUCUACUGCAGUUAAUCCAACAACCAAAACCACAACUCCAUCUACUGCAGUUAAUCCAACAACCAACACCACAACUCCAUCUACUGCAGUUAAACCAACAACCAAAACCACAACUCCAUCUACUGCAGUUAAUCCAACAACCAACCCCACAACUCCAUCUACUGCAGUUAAACCAACAACCAACACCACAACUCCAUCUACUGCAGUUAAACCAACAACCAAAACCACAACUCCAUCUGCUGCAGUUAAUCCAACAACCAACCCCACAACUCCAUCUACUGCAGUUAAUCCAACAACCAACACCACAACUCCAUCUACUACAGUUAAUCCAACAACCAAAACAACUCCAACUGUGGAGGCAACAGUCACAAGGAAAGUGACUUUUAGGUCUCUGGGCGAGACCUUCACCACUGAUUUGCUGAACCCAUCAUCUGCCGCAUUUAAAAAUCGAGCUGCACUUUUAAAGUCAAAUCUUGAACCUCUCUUCCAGGGAGCGUUUUCUACUUUACGCGACUUCACUGUAACUUCAUUCAGCAACGGAUCAAUUAUCAACAACAUGAACCUUAAAUUUUCAGCAGCGUUUGUACCUAGCAACAUUCAAAUUUCAGAGGUUUUUCUGAAAGCAGCUUUGAACGUCACAGACUUCAACAUCGAAACGGCUUCUUUUCUUGUGGAUGACAUACAGGUAUCAAGUGGAGUGAGCCACAACAUCAGCCUCAUCACUGCACUCAGUUUGGUCCUGUUGUCAUGGCUUCUUUCAAACCAGCAAUAACGUCUCUGCUGGUUUCCAGAGGAAGAUGUGCUGGAAAAUGUCAAUUCUUACUGGUGUGAAGAAGGACAUUCUAAAAAUUUACUCAUGACACUUUAAAACUUUAAAAACUUUUAUUGAAACUUGAUACUGUAUAACAGUGAAUAUGUUUAUUUGAAUUGUCAGGCUCUUUAAGUUUGUUCAUAUCAGUUCUUUCUUAUUUAUUUAUGUAAAUUUAAUUAUUAUGGUAAAGUAAUAUAAUUUA